UCUCCACAGAGCACGGAGACACCAUCUCGGCUCCACAUCGCUCCGACGAGGAGAGGAGAGAGCAGCUCGUCGCGCUCGGCGGCAGCCAAUCAGCGGGCUGGUUUCUCUUCAGCAUCUCUGGGUCGGAGGCAUCGGGCAAAGUCGAGCUCAGGAGCCGCGGGAGGAAGCAGAGUCUGAGCAACACUUGCAGGACGACACGUUAUGGUUGUGUGAAUUAUAACAAGCAGGCGGAGGAUUUCUUCACCAGCACAAAGAGAAAUCAGAAGUCGACUAAUCCAAGCACUGCACGGAGGGAAGUGAAUUCCGGCACAAGCAUGGCGGACCAGAAAGACAACAUAGAUGACUUUAAAGUCCAGACAGCCAAACAUGCCAACAUCAGCUCGGCCCCUUUACGGCCGCACAGUGAACACUCCAAAGACAGAGCGUCCAAAAGGCAUUCGAUCGAGUCCAAUGGGACCAGUGACGGAGGUGCGGGUUCCUCCACGCCCGUGGAGAUCACCGCUUUGGAGGAGUCGUUUCGGCGCUUCGCCAUCCACGGCGAUACUCGCGCUACCGGCAAGGAGCUGCACGGAAAGAACUGGUCCAAACUCUGCAAGGACUGCUCCGUGAUCGACGGCAAGAACAUCACCCUGACUGACGUGGACAUCGUCUUCAGCAAAGUCAAGAAGAAAUCCUGCCGCACCAUCACUUUUGACGAGUUCAAAGUUGCACUCGGAGAGCUGGCCCGGAAGAAAUACAAGGAGAAGACAGCAGAGGAGGCCGAGGCCGAGGUGUUCAAGCAGAUCGAAGGGAAGGCACCGGUCAUUGCAGGAGUCACGAGAGCCGUGGCUUCCCCUACAGUGAGCCGCCUCACGGACCCCACCAAGUUCACAGGGUCACACAAGGAGCGCUUCGACGGCACCGGCCGUGGGAAGGGUAAGGCGGGACGGGUAGACAUAGUCGACACUUCCGGGUACGUCUCAGGAUACAAACAUCGAGGGUCGUAUGAAAAGAAAAUCACUAAACCAACCGAUUAAAGACGAGGAUAUAAACAUGUUUUUAUUAAAAAAAAUAAAGAAGAGUACUCAAAGAAAGCACAAAAGAAAAAUGAUUUCAUACAUUUUCCCGCCCAUUUAUUUAGUGCGUGCGUGAGUGUGUCUGUGUGUGUCUGUGUGUGUGCAAGAGAGAGAUGUUUUUUUUAGUUCCUCUCUUUGUCAAGUGUGAGAACUGGAAAAUUGUUUACAUCUAUUUUUACAAAGUCAUCACCAGCUGGUACAUUCCUGUCAGAGAGCGAGUUACUGCCAAACACUGAAGAGAACAAACCAUUCUAUGAACUUUGAAGCUUUGUUGUUAUGAUAGGGCCUUAUUAUAUUUAUUGAGCACAAAAACAACAACAUGCCAAGAAAAACUGAAUAAAGUCGGGCGACGGUUUUGAUGAAUCAACAACAUUGCACUUUUUAAUGGAAAUGUGUCUAUUCCCAGAUCUACCUGAAGAGAAGCAUCAUUCAUUUUGCAGAGUUUCGAUAAUUGGCACGCUUUUGACAAAUAUUAUCAUAUUUGUCGUUUUGUUAUUACUUCAAAUUGUUGAUUCCAUCCCCUCCUAAUCGUCUGCCUUCCCCUCUUGUCAACCGUCAAAAAUCUACUGUUCAUUUAAUGUCAUUACACAAGCUCGCAUUGUCAUUUGAAUAAUUUGCAUUGAGCUCAGACCAAGACAGAUACAUUAUUAUAAAAGCUUUCUCAAACCAGUCGUAAAUUAAGAUUAUGGCAUAUUUGUUUUCUACUGUGAAUACCACAAAAGCACAAAAAACUAAGAAGGCCUGUUUUCAACUGUUAAAACAAAAAGUAUUUCCAGUUUUAUAUCUUUGUCUUUAUUCUGAGUUCAUUCUCGUGACAAAUUGUUUUGCUAACAUGCAUUUCAAGUAUUAAAUUGGUGAAUCCAGCUGAAGGAAGCUCCAACCACAGUAGAUGAGCUCGGUUGUACAAGAUUGUAUUUGCUCUUAUAUUGUUAGUCCCUCGAUUAGAUUUAUAUACAGUAGUUCUAAUAUAUUUGUGGUAAGAUUGUGUAUAUUCUAAAACAUUAGAGCCACAAGGCUUAAUUUAUGACACUGGCUUUGUACCUUUUUUUCUUGUAUUGCUGUACUUUGUGCAUGUUAUGUAUAUUGCAUAUGAUUCAGAAGCAUAAAGAUGACAUUAGGAGUUUGUCUUAACUUAUCUUAACUGCUGUGCCUGCUGUGAAGACAGACUACUGGACAGACUUAAUUAUUAUUUUCAUAAGUGAUGACAUUGUGGAGUCAUUAUGAUGGAGUAUUAGGGCCAAUUAAAAGGGAAAUAAAAGGGAACAAGUUUUAAGAAUACAUUCAUUGUAUAUAAAGUCAUCAUUGUAUGAGAAAGAAGUUGUAAUUGUUAGAGAAAAAAGUCAUAAUCUCAGGCAGGAAAUAUCCAAAAAUGAGGAAUAUUUCACAAAUAACAAAAUAUUAAAUCAUUUUUCAAAUCAGCACCACAUCGUUGUAAGUAUCAGGACUUUGAAAAGAUUGUGUAACAAACCGUGUCUAUUCUGAUGAACCUUGGAGGAAGUGGCCUCUUUAGUGGAGGAGGAAAUGUUCGGUCGUGGUCGAAUGUGAGGUUGUUUACAUCUGUGUGAGAUUCAAAUAGGUUGCGUAGUUUCUCAGGAAACAAUGAUAUUGGUUCAAGAUCUUGAAACCAGAUUAAGUGGAACUUAGUGCGACUUUAUCUUCGUAAUAAAAUAAAAUAGAAUACUUAGAAUAAUUUGACUUUAUUCUUGUAAUAUUAUGACUUUUUUCCCAAUUAUAACUUUAUUCUUGAAAUCUCGUGUUUUUUUCUUCAGUACGGCCCUAACACUCUGUCCUAGAUCGUGAUAAAAUAUCGUACUGCUUGAAAUCAAUAUGUGUAAACUUGUACAUGUACAAAGUCAGCCACACACUAAUGCUAUUGGAUUUGUCUAAUGAUACAAAUUUAGAAGACAUUUCAUGUGCGGUUCUGUCAUCCAGAUCGCAACUAAAAACAAAAGCUUGUUUUUUUACUGAUGUCUCCUGACGUACUGCAUACUCUAUGAGAAAAAGGGAAAAUUGCACAGGUAAUAAACUUUUAUAGAAUAAUAUUUUUCCAGCAUAGUGACAGUGUUUCUGCCGCACUCGUCACACACUACCUGUAGCCUCAGCUGAUGAAGAAUCAGGCACCAAGUGGAAAACCAGCAGCUAUGGGUCGGUGUGUUAGUUUUUGUCUGCUGCAGUAGCUUGGGUAUGAUCUGUUUUCUGUGCUUAAUGCCAAAUACUGUGCACCUUUAAUGUGGAGGAACGAUACUGUCUUAUUUUUCAAAUAACUUUUAAUGUACUGUUGUGCCCUGGUGCAUGCAGCGUGGUUUUGUUCUUGUUCUUUAGACCUCUUAAUGUGUGUUCAUGAUUUGUAGUGCUUUAUUGAAAAUAAAAAAAUCUGUCAAAAUA